UGAAGGCCCUUCGGAACUGCCGAAGUUCAUUAAAUCUGCCCAAUUAAGCUCUCCGCCACCGCCGCCGCCGCCGUCGAGGGAUGAAGAAGCAACGGAAGCCGGAGCGUGGGUCUCCUUCAGAGUGUUCGCCGCCGAGGCUUUCGGCUGCUUCUUCUUCAGCUCGUAUUUCAGAACAUUCGAAGUCAGGAAUUGGAUCCCGGUCAGAAGAUGCGUGGGCGUUGUCAUUGGAAGUGGCGGAGCCGCAGCCGCUUCAAAUUCGUCAUCCAUCUGAUGAUGAAGAUAAUCCCUUGCCCAGAUCGUCGCCAAGAUUGAGUUAUGACAAGUUCACGUCUCCGAUUCCAAAGAGCAACCGCAGACAGACGGCGGUUACAGCAUUGACGCCAUCUCAAUUGAGGAGGUCUCCAAGAUUGUCUUCGAUUUCUUUAUCGCCGGCGGCGUUGACUCCAAGAGUUGAAAGGAAUGCGGUUUCCUGCGAUAAGGAAUCGACGAAACGGCGCCGUUCUUUAGAAGAUAAGGAUUCUAGGGCACCGAAGGUUGUGAAGAAGGCUAAAGUGGAUUCUGAAUGUCGGGUUCUAAGGAGCUCUUUGAGGCUGUCUGGGGGUAAGAUCGAUGAUUCAAAUCUUCAAUUAGUUGCGUUGCUGAAUUCGGGUUCUAAGCAUCAAUGUAGAGGUAGUUUGAGGGAGAAGUGCUUGAGAUCAAGAACUGUGUUAGUUUUUGUGGGAGAAGAUGAGAAAAAUCACAGCAAGAAAAAUGGUGGUGGUUCUUUGAAUGAAUCCGUGGGGAAGAAAGCUUUGAAAAGUGCUCCCGGCAGGGUACAUUCGAAGAGAGAAAGUGAUUCAAGUUAUCUGAAAUUUUAUGUGAGUAAAAAGAAACAGAAGGCAGAGAAAAGUGCCUCCACAGAAGGGGAUAAUGAUCUCGAAAACAAUGGGAGGAAUUCGAUUUCUCAAGAAAAGGAAGUUCCUUUGAUAGAUUAUCAUCCUGAAGCUUCUGCGUCGAAGAAUGAUGGAAAUGGUGUAAAAUCAAUGGAGAAAUGUUCGGAUACUCCCAAAAAAAAGUCUACUUUGAAGGAAAGGAAUAACCUUUCUGAGAGAAAGGAGGGUAAAAAGUGUGAUUUGGAGUUGACAAACGUGAAGUGCUUAAGGUCUAAGAAAAUUCAAGUGAAAGGAAAUGUGGAGGGAGUUGCCAAGAAAAAGAAGGAUUCAGUUGAAGGCUCGAAUGGUUCUGUGGAUGGAUCCAAUUCAAAGAAUCGUGUAAAGUCACCGAAACAAGAGGAGAACAUUAUAUGUUGUUUUGUAGGCGAGCCAGUUCCGGAAGAAGUAGCCCAUAACAGGUGGCAGUGGCGGUAUGAGCUGAAGAGCAAAAAUGAAGGUCAAAGAUGGAAAAUAAAUGCUGAUGAAGAAGAUGAAAUCAUUUUGAAUGUGAAAUGCCAUUACAGUCGAGCCAAAGUUGGGAACUGUCUUCUGGAUAUUGGAGAUUGUGUGUUUGUGAAGGGCGAGGGAACAAAGCAGCAUGUUGGAAGGAUUUUGGAAUUUUUCAAAACAACAGAUGAAGAAGAUUACUUUAGGAUUCAAUGGUUUUUCCGGGCUGAAGAUACGGUUUUAAAAGACGUCGCUUCAUGCCAAGAUAAUAAACGUUUAUUCUACUCCACCAUAAUGAAUGACAACCCAUUAGAUUGCAUCAUCUCAAAAGUCACCAUCGAAAGAGUACCUCCUAAGCUAUGUAUGGAUUCAGAACUUAGUCCGUCCGAUUCUUUUUACUAUGACAUGGAGUAUUGUGUCGACUACUCAACAUUCCGGACCUUGAAACCUGAAACUUCUUCAGAGAGCGACCCUCAUUCGUUGAGUUCAAAGCAUCCUGAUGAGAAACCACUUACUAUGACUCCCCUGGCAGCAAAUUUACAGAGUAACAACGAAUCUUCGAAACCAGAAUUAGCAUUACUUGACAUAUACUCUGGCUGCGGAGGAAUGUCUACCGGAUUAUGUGCAGGCGCAAAACUUUCAGGAAUAAAUCUUGUGACGAAAUGGGCGGUCGAUUAUAGCAGCUCUGCCUGCGACAGCUUGAAACUGAACCACCCCGAAACCCAAGUGAGGAAUGUAACUGCUGAUGAUUUUCUAGACUUGUUAAGGGAAUGGGAGAAAUUGUGUAAGCAACAUGUACACGAUCCGGAUUCUGCUUCUGAUUCAAAAACAGCAUUUGAAGGCGAAUCCGAGUGCCAGCUCGAAGAGGAAAGCUGUACGACUAAAUCGGAUACAGAGGAUAGUGAUGAAGAGUAUGAGGUCUCCCAUUUCCUCGAUAUUUGCUAUGGCGAUCCGACUGAAAGUGGAACGCGCGGGCUACAUUUCAAGGUACGUUGGAAGGGAUACGACUCGGAUGAAGAUUCGUGGGAACCAGUUGAAGGAUUGGGUAACUGCGAAGAGCGAAUCGAGGAGUUUGUUAGGAAAGGAUUCGAAUCAAAGAUCCUCCCGCUGCCAGGAGAUGUUGACGUUAUCUGCGGUGGCCCUCCGUGUCAAGGAAUCAGCGGCUACAAUCGUCACAGGAACUUCGUGUCGCCAUUAACGGAUGAAAGAAAUCGUCAGAUUAUAGUCUUCAUGAACAUAGUCGAGUUCUUGAAACCAAAGUACGUUCUGAUGGAAAACGUGGUGGAUAUCAUAAGGUUCGACAAAGGCUCCCUCGGGCGAUACGCGUUAAGCCGUCUGGUGCACAUGAAAUAUCAAGCUCGCCUCGGCACCAUGGCUUCCGGCUGCUACGGUCUCCCUCAGUUUCGCCUCCGAGUCUUCAUCUGGGGCGCUCAUCCUGCCGAAAUGCUGCCACAGUACCCUCUUCCGACGCACGACGUCAUCGUCAGGUACUGGCCGCCGCUUGAGUUCGAACGAAACGUCGUGGCGUACGAAGAAGGCCAGCCGCGGAACCUCCACGAAGCUGUGAUUCUCCGCGACUCGAUCUCCGAUCUCCCGGCCGUUGCCAACGAUCAACAGCUCGAGGAAACGGCCUACACCGACCCUCCGAAAACCGAGUUCCAAGCCAGCAUAAGGUCCCCGAAAGACGACGAAACGGCGGCGUUAACCGUCCUCUACGACCACCGGCCGCUGGAGCUGUCGAAGCACGACUACCUCCGCGUCUGCCAUGUCCCGCACCGCAAGGGCGCCAAUUUCCGCGACUUCCCCGGCGUGAUCGUCGGCGGAAACAACAUUGUCCGCCCCGACCCGGCAAUGACGCCGGUGAUGCUGCCGACGGGACGGCCCCUCGUGCCGGACUCCGUGUAUACGUUCGAGGGAGGUAAGUCGAAACGACCGUAUGCUCGAGUCUGGUGGGACGAGACGGUGUCAACCGUCGUCACGUACCCGCAUAUUCGAGCUCAGGCAUGGCUGCACCCCGAGCAGGACCGGUGCUUAACCAUUAGAGAAUGUGCAAGGUUGCAAGGAUUUCCAGAUUAUUACAGGUUCUGUGGAAGUGUUAAAGACAGGUAUUGUCAGGUUGGAAAUGCUGUAUCGAUCCCUGUUGCUCGAGCUUUGGGGUAUGCUCUGGGAAUGGCUUUCCAGAGAGUCAUCGGAGACGAACCUCUCAUGAUUCUGCCGCCGGAAUAUUCUUCCCGGCCGCCGCCGCCGCCGGCAGAAGCUGAGUGAUGGUGGUGGUAGUGUUGUUUUUCUGAAUUUACAUUCUUUGAUCAAUACUACAUUGGAUUGGGGGAUUCUGUUCUAUUUGGGAUUUAUUUAUUUUAAUUUAUAAAAUAAAACUCUUGAUUAGUUUUUAUUGUUAUUGUUGUUGUGAGAAAUAAAUAAAUA